CUCCCACUCCCCUACUCUACUUCUACUCUCCUCCCUGCCCAGCUCGUCUUCUCGAACAGAGAGCGAGCGCAGAGCAGCGUGGCCGUCCUUGCACUGUCUGCAGCCCCCUUCUCCCUCCCCAGUCCUUCAAAUCCUCGGCCGCGCCAUCCGCUUAGCUUGCCCCGGUCCUUGCAUUGCUCUAGGCAGCUUAGCUCUGGUCGCCUCCGUGCCCACCGCCGUUUUUCUAGGCUCAAUUACUUCUGCUGCUUUCCUGGGGGCGUUUCUUCAUGGCCUGGAGCAGCGUUUACUGCUUUGGACAUUGAUCUGACGAGCUGAGCCGUGGGUUUGGUGUGCGGAACUGGAGCCUUUUUGGACUCUAGGAAGGCCACAUUUGAUCGAGGUUUUGGCCAUCUUGGUUUGUAGUCUCGGUUUCUUGCUUCAUAGCAAAAGGUUCUUUCCAUAGUUAUGGUUUGCUGCGUCCGUGCUCCUGGUUUUGUUCCUAAAUCCUGCAGCUUCCGCUUCGUUCGCUUCCGUUCUUGAUCUUUCCCCCAAGUGUUCUCCCCUAUUUUCCCUUCACCCCGUUGCUUUUGCGUUCGAUUCUUGUUCGGGUGACUGCAAUUGGAGCUGCUGCUUUGGAUUAUUUCCCAAAUAGCGGAGGAACUCUUGGGAGUUGUCUGGUUUUUUUGCCCAUAGUUUGGAAUAACAGGAGCCGGUGUGGAGAGCAUCAUUAAUUCGAUUCACAAAAAGCGGAAAAUUAGGUAGCAGAAUCCUGUUCUUUCCGUAUUCUCUUUUGGAGAUACUGUUCUGGGAGCGAUAAAAGGGGCAAAGUUUGGAGGUUUUGAGGAGGGAGGAAUCGUUCCUUGAAGCUGCAUGAGGAAGCAUGGAGACAAUGAGAGAUGAGAAUUCGAACAAGAACAAGAAGCUGUCCUGGUCCAAGACCCUUGUUAGGAAGUGGUUCAACAUCAAAACAAAGGCGAAAGACUUCCAUUCAGAUUAUGCAGUUGAAGAAGUGGGAGUGCAGUGGAGGACCAGUUUCUCUGAUAGAGAUGCAUGCAAAUCCAAGAAAAGCAGGACAGAGCGGUUGCCUAGGAAGAAUGUGGAUCGAGAUGGUCGAGUAGGAAAUGGAUUUGACGGUGCUUAUAUUACAAACACACAGGACUACAGGGUCUUCGUUGGUACAUGGAAUGUGGGCGGAAGGUCACCAUCUAGUCAUUUGAAUCUGGAUGACUGGCUUCAUACAUCUCCUGCUGCUGAUAUAUAUGUGAUUGGGUUUCAGGAAAUUGUUCCUUUGAAUGCUGGUAACGUUCUAUUGACUGAAGACAAUGGUCCAGCGAAGAAAUGGGUUUCUCUUGUUAGAAAAACUCUAAAUAAUCUGGAUCAACAAGGCUCAGUUGUCUAUAAUUACCACACCCCCUCACCGGCUCCAGAUCCUAUUGUGGAGCUCAAUGUUGACUUUGAGAGAUCAUCAAGAAGACAAAGGAACUCAUCAUUCUUCCAUCGACGUUCAUUCCAGUCCUUUAAUCGUAGUUCAAGAAUUGACAUGAUGGAUCCUCACUCGUUAGUGGACCGUCGUUUCAGUGUUUGUGACCGGAUUAGCUUCGGCAGCAGGCCAAGUGAUGUUGACACCAGUAUGAGAUGUGGUGGGUCAUCUGAUGAUGAGAAUAUUGACGAGGAAUCACCUAGUGGUAUAUUCUUCCCACCAAUGCCAUGCGGAUAUGGUGCUCCACUAUGCACCGAUUCUAGGUAUUGCUUAGUUGCCAGCAAGCAAAUGGUUGGAAUUUUCCUCAUGGUUUGGGUACGGAGUGAUAUAAGGGAGAAUGUGAAGAACUUGAAGGUUUCAUGUGUUGGUAGAGGCUUGAUGGGCUAUCUUGGAAACAAGGGAUCAAUAUCAAUCAGCAUGUCUCUGCAUCGGACAAGCUUUUGCUUUGUGUGCACUCACUUAACAUCAGGUCAAAAAGAUGGUGACCAACUUAGAAGAAAUGCAGAUGUAGUGGAAAUUCUGAGGAAAACCAGAUUUCCACAUGUUCAUGGAGCAGGUGACAAGAAGUCACCAGAGACAAUUCUUGACCAUGAUCGUAUUAUAUGGCUUGGGGAUCUGAAUUACCGGAUAGCUCUUUCAUAUCGCUCAGUGAAGGCUUUGGUUGAGAUGCACAAUUGGAAACAGUUAUUGGAAAAGGACCAGCUUCGCAUAGAGCAAAGAUACGGUCGGGUAUUUGCAGGCUGGAAAGAAGGAAGGAUUUACUUUCCUCCCACGUACAAAUACUCAUACAACUCUGAUAGAUAUGCCGGCGAUGAUAUGCACCCAAAUGAGAAGCGAAGAACACCAGCGUGGUGUGACCGAAUUCUGUGGUAUGGAAGAGGUCUGAAUCAACUAUGUUAUGUGCGUGGCGAGUCCAGGUUCUCAGAUCACAGACCUGUGUAUAGCAUUUUCACAGCAGAAGUUCAAAUUCCGAGCCAAACACAAUUCGGUGGCAUUUCUCGUUCUAGCUCUCUCAUGGGGGUGGAUGAACUACAAUACCCAACUUAUCCGCGCAGUUACAUGGAUAUAAAUUUUUAUUGAUUGUGCUUCUCAAUGGAGCCAAGAUAUUCUUUAUUACCUGAGUGGCAUAGUGCAGCUUCUGAACUUCAUUUCUCCCAAGAUUCCAUCAGUUGGAAUAUUUCUUGCUAACAGAUACUCAAGGAGAAUGCUUUCUAAUUGUAAGAUACUUACAUGUCAAUAUCAUUCGUGUGAGAUUUAAACAAACUGCGUGACUAAUACCUCUCCGCAAUCACGAACAGGAAUAUUUACACAGUUUUGAAUCUAACCUUCCGCGAGUACCGAUUUACAAAAGAAGAAAAAAGAGUUUUUAUGCCCAGCAUUAGGUAGUCACUAACAUCUGAAGAUAACUUGUGCUUUUGGAUACCCCUCUUCAUCAUGGCACAAUUCUUUUUCCUGAUACAUUUGAGCUUGGGAGGCCUAGUUUCUCUUUUUGUUUCGUUUUGCGUGGUCUCUCUCCUGAUGUAACAAGAGCCCCUUGGCUCAAAUAUUUUAAUCGAAAGGAAUCAUGGUUUGUGCA